AUGUGCCUUGCGAGCGGGGUGUUGGAGGGAGAAGACAUGCAUCCUGGCUUUUGGCGUCGGCCCACCCGGUCGAAUGAGGAUAUUAGCUGCAUCGGCUGCAACACCUUGCAGAAACUCGCAUUGACAAGCGCCGCUGGCCAAGGGUCAGGUCUGGUCAUGUCAGGUCAGCCUUGGUUGUUGCCCUGGUCCAUGGUCAGUUCACUUGAUACUCUAUUUUCUUGGCUUGUGAAGCUGUUCAGAAGAUUGAAUUUGAGCUCAGACCACGAUGAGCCAACGACUUUAGAAGAUGGCGUUGGCUGUGGUCUUGGCUAUAACGCCUGGUGA